AUGUCUCCUGUGGGCAUGGAGAAUACUCCCGCAGAUAACAACUCCUCCAUUUCAACAUGGAUAGCCUUUGAGCCCGCAGAAGCCAAGCCUCGUACAAGUCAAGGCUAUGGCAAAAACAGCAGCGUCAAGCGCAAACAGGUGCGGGCGGCGGCGGCGGUGUCAAGCACAUCUAUCCGACUGGCGACGAUGAGGCGACGGCGAGAAGAUGAGCCAAAAUGUGGGAUGCAUGUCUGGAAAUCCACGGCUACGAACAAACUACUUCAGAACACUUCCCUAGCAAGCAAAGCGUUCGAAACACAUCUAUGGACGCGAAUGACACUCAGUCAGGACCUCCACGCCGUGGCCAUGUUCCUCGGCUCUACCGAGGCCAAAAUGAUCGGUCUCGCUGAGUAUGGGGUUCAACUACGAACAACGCCACUCUUCUUACGGGGUACUGCUCUGCUGUGUAUGCACUUGACUUCUAUGAAAAUACUGCACCCCCCCGAGGAGCUAAGCCCCGCUGAAGGAUCAUGUGCUCCGUAUGAUCCCCGUGGUAGUUUUGCAAUAUGCCUAAGCGCUCUUGCAGGUUGGGAGAAGAUCUACGGCGAUCCGGAUGGAUAUUCCGCGCACUUGAAAGCUCUCAGAGCCAUCGAUCAGCCCGAGAUGAAAGUAGACGCCGAAAAGUCGCGAACCCUGACCUCAAAACAGGCCCAGGACGACUCGGAUGCCUCCGACCGCCGGAUCUUCGACGUCCUCUACUCCAUGACAUCGACCAUCCAGAGACGCUCAAGUGAGAUUGGAGCUUCAGUAUCAUCAGAUGGAUUGUUCACAAUUGACCAUCAUCUGGAUACGAUGAAAACCAUGACUGGAGCGGCUUUGACACUCGACUACAGCAUAUACAAUCUCCACCGACACGACACGCGCUCUCUACUUUUCAUAUUGAGCAGAAUCGCGAACCUCGACCUCACAAAUGGUUGGCCAGUCUUGUACGAGCCAGGUAUUCUUAUCAUUUCAUGGCGAAUGAAGCGCGAGCCUCCACAAUCUUGGGCCGGAAGACUAUCGCACGAAGAUCUUGAGGAUCUUGCCCUCUACCAUAUGAGGGCUGCGAUGGUGAGUGUGCUAAUAGCCUGGACGUACGCUAUUGGUGUUGCACAUCGCGACGUCAGAUAUUUCCUUGCCUCGGAAUCAGCGGACGCCCAUUACUUGUACUGCACAGGGCUCGAGACGUAUCCCCUAUUUGGAACUCCGUUUGAAGAAGCGGCGCUAUGGAGUCUCUUCAUCAUUACCGCCACAGCUGACCCCAAAUUCUGGAAGGAAUCAACCCUGGACGUCCUACGGAGAUUGAUCUGUAGCUCGCACAACUACAUACGCAGUUUUGAUGCACUAGAAAAGGUUCUUCGAAAGUACGCAUAUCGGGAGGUCGUGCAUCAAAAGAACUGUUUGGCGCUUUGGAAGGCGGUUAUGGAAGAUCAGACUCCUGGGCUCGAUGUAGGGCUGAGAACGCUGAAUAUGACACUGGCAGACUUGAAAAUAUGA